UAUCAUCCGGGCAAAGCUAAUGUAGUCGCCGACGCUUUAAGCCGUAAAGCUGUGGAACAAGUUUCUUUUUUAAUUGUUUCUACAGAAUUGGCUUUAGAAAUCAAAUGGUUCGGACUAGAAAUCUAUCUGACUUCGCAAACAGAAAUUCUAUCGAAUCUAAUGGUAGAACCGACUCUAAUCUCUCGAAUUAAAGAAGCCCAACAAGAUGAUAGUAAAUUGUGGGCAAAUUUCCAGCAGGCACAAGAGACUUCUAGUUUAGAGUUUAGAAUCGAUGAUGAUCACGUGUUGUGGUUUCGGGAUCGUCUUUGUGUUCCGAAUAGCUCGGAGCUUAGAGAUCUAAUUUUGAUCGAGGCUCAUAACUCUAUGUUUUUGGUUCAUCCUGGCACAACAAAAAUGUAUCGUGAUUUGAGUAACCAUUUCUGGUGGAUUGGAAUGAAGUGA